AUCACAGUGCUUCUGGAAUUUCCUCACCUUUUUCUCUCCACUGGUAGCGUGGACAAACUGCUCUGAUACCGCUCUUCCUCUUUGGACAGAAACACAACAGAUUUUAUAAUGGAGAGCAGUUCUCAGCCAUCUGCUGAUACCGGAGAGCAGGUCAGUGGUCUUGAGGAGAAACCUGUGGACCCAAUGGAAGUCUUCAGCAAGCAGUUGGAGGACAUCAUCAACACAUAUGGUUCUGCAUGUAGCCUGCUGGAAGAGAAGAUCGCCAUCUUGGAGGAAGAUGAAGAGAAACUGGAUGAAGAGACCAUGGCCAAGGAUUUGGCUGCUAACACAGGGGUGUGCAGCAGCCCAGAAACAGAACAAACAGCCAGUAUGCUCCUUGAAGGACUUGGUAAAGAAGCUUUGCUCCUGCUGCAAAGCUUAAAAGAUAUCAUCUCACCGGAGGAGAAACUGGAGACGGUGUUGAGGAAAUAUGCAGAGCUGUUGAAGGAGCAGAGGGAUGAGCAGGUAGAACUGAAGAUGCUUCAGAAGAAACAAGGUCUCUUGAUUAAACAGAGGGACCAGCUCCAGUUAGAUCACAGCCAGGGUAUCCUGGCACGAAGCAAGUUGGAGAGCCUCUGUCAUGAGCUGCAAAAGCACAACAAGACCCUGAAGGAAGACAUGCUGCAGAAGUACCAGGAGGAUGAGAAAAAGAGAGCGGAAAUCACCAGUCAUUUCCAGAAUACAGUAGUGGACAUCCAGGCCCAAAUCGAGCACCACAGCAACCGCAACAAUAAGCUGUGCCAGGAGAACAGCGAGCUGGCUAACAAGCUCACAUCCAUCAUCCAGCAGUAUGAGAAGCGAGAGGAGAGCUUAGAGAAGAUAUUCAAACAGAAAAAUCUACAGCAGCAGUUGUCAGAUGCCAAACUGGAAGAAGCCAAUAUGCGUCUGAAAGAAGCAGAGGAGAAGCACAAGCGGGAGAAGGAAUACUUACUGACUCAUGCUGCAGAGUGGAAGCUACAGGUUAAAGAGCUGAAAGAGCAGAACACAGUGAUGCAGGCUCAGCUUGUGUUGUACUCUCAGAAGUUUGAUGAGUUCCAGGCUACACUGGCCAAAAGCAAUGAAGUUUAUACUGUUUUCAAACAAGAAAUGGAAAAGAUGACCAAGAAGAUGAAGAAACUGGAGAGGGAGUCAAAUGUGUGGAAAAUACGCUUUGAAAGUUGCAGCAAAGCCCUUACUGACAUGAUUGAGGAGAGAUCUGAGAAGGGUAAAGAGCUUGAGCUUUUUACUGUGAAGAUUGAUAAGUUGGAGAUGUUGUGUCGAGCUCUACAGGAGGAGAGGAAAGUCCUUUAUGGCAAGAUAAAGGAGCUUCGCCUGCAGGUUAUUUCAGCCUCAGUACCUGUGGCGGACAUUGUUGAGGAAGAGAUUCCAGAACUCGCCCAGCUGCCAAUCUCAGAGUCAGUACAAAACCCAGCACUAACAGUAGAAAUGGAGAAGCUGUGGAAGGAGCAAGCCCGUCUGCAGGAAUUUGCAGCCUCCCUGUUGGCCUCAACUGCAGAUGACAUGGUGGGCUCUGAUAGUGAGGAGGAAUCAUCUGAGCCUACACAACUUCCUCUUGUUCCUGUGCUAAGUAAACCAUCAACAGUCAAGUUAGAUUCCAUAACAGAAGAACAUGGUCUGGAAGAAGGUAUUAAAGAGGUAUGUAAAUCAGAGACUACACUGACUCCUGAGGCACUGAAAAGUGAGGAGAUCAAAUUCGAGGCCAAACAUGAGUCCAAUCAACAUGACAAAGAACCAUCCAAAGCAGAACCAUCCAAAGCAGAACCACCCAAGGUAGAGCUACCCAAGGUAGAGCCACCCAAAGAAGAACCCCCCAAAGAAGAACCCCCCAAGGUAGAGCCACCCAAAGAAGAACCACCCAAGGUAGAGCUACCCAAGGUAGAGCCACCCAAAGAAGAACCACCCAAGGUAGAGCUACCCAAGGUAGAGCCACCCAAAGAAGAACCACCCAAGGUAGAGCCACCCAAAGAAGAACCACCCAAGGUAGAGCCACCCAAAGAAGAAUCACCCAAGGUAGAGCCACCCAAAGAAGAACCACCCAAGGUAGAGCCACCCAAAGAAGAACCACCCAAGGUAGAGCCACCCAAAGAAGAACCACCCAAGGUAGAGCCACCCAAAGAAGAACCACCCAAGGUAGAGCCACCCAAAGAAGAACCACCCAAGGUACAGCCACCCAAAGAAGAACCACCCAAGGUAGAGCCACUCAAAGAAGAACCCCCCAAGGUAGAGCCCCUCAAAGCAGAACCCCCCAAAGAAGAACCACCCAAAGAAGUACCCCCUAAAAUGGAACCACCCAAAGAAGAACCACUCAAAGUAGUACUCCCCAAAGCAGAACCACCCAAAGAAGAACCACCCAAAGCAGAAACAUCCCAAGAAAAGCUAACUAAAGUGCCAGCAAGAAAUGUUGCAAAAGUAGAGCCAAUCAAGCAAGACACACCCAGGCAAAAAUCCAACAAGCCAAAUUCUGUUGAUCUCAAAGAAACAAAACCCAAAGAAAUGAAAAGAGUAACAGUUCACCCUGAAGCUCCUAAAGUAAAUCCUAUUAAAAAUGAAUUUGAUACAGAACUAGACCCCAAAGCUGAGACUACAAAACAAACUUUAAGUGCAAAAGAGGAACCUAUACAAGUUGAGUCUCACAUUGCAGAACCUCCUGCACCCAAAGCUUCCACAGCAGGAGCAGCAAAACCACAAAACGCCAAAUCCCAAGAGGCCAAGUCCAAUGCUAGUAAAUCCCAUGCUAAGAAACAGGGCUCCUCUAAGAAGAAAGGUUCAGCAAAAAGUGCUAAGAAAAGCUGAGGGGGUGAACGUGGAGUGUGUAAUUCCAGCCAUUUUCUCUGAUUCCUGAUUUUCUCUAUUAUGGUGUGUGUGGGUGGGAGGUUGAGUGCAGUGUUGUGUGAGGUUAAGAAACCAUACAGUUAUAUACUUUUUUCAAGUUGAUUAAGAUUAUUCAAGUUGAUUAAAGAGUUUUGAUAAGUGUUAUUUUUGAUGUGUGUGACAUAUAGUACUUUUUUCAUCUACUUUAACCUGCUCAGAAAUAAAGAUGUGAUGGUGAUCAUU